UAACAUUGGGGCAGUCUCCGUUCUGUUUUGACUGGCAUUUCCUCACAGCUGAUAGCGCUCCUGAUUACGCUUUGGCACACAGAGUGACUGCAUGGACAGAACUAACGGUACUUCGUGUCUCCGCCCAUCGAGGGCUAUGAUUGGAUCGCCAAGGAGAAGAAUCUCGAAUUUUGGGCGAACCCUAGAUUCUAAUUGAAGGAUAUUCACGACAAUCAUAAAACUGUAAUGAAUCUUGAAUGAAUCGACACUGACAGAACAGCCCACUUUUUAGGAAAAAGGGGGGAAUCAUGAAAUAAAAAGGAAACAAAUCUAUCUCGAGAUUAACAUGCAAACGCUACUUAUUUAAAAGUGCUAUAAUAAUUGUUUUAAACUUAAAUUCGUAGGAUGAUUGGAUAUCAGUGUAUAAAAUAUUUGACGGAUCGUUUAUGUGUUAAUAUAAUUUCCCCUUAGUCGGCUAAUGGUACCUGCCCGCAAAAAAAAAAAAAAAAAAAAAAAAAAAAAUCAAACGAGCAGAAAUCAAAGUAAAUUAAGUAAUGAUAUUAGAAUAAAAAGUGUGUGUGGCCGAUACAUGGGAAAGCCAGACAGUGUAUCCGCGGUACCGGGGCGACUCUGAAGGCUCUCUACCCCGGAGUGAACGAGGACAAAGGGCUGUGAGGAGGAAAGCGUGCCUCAGAUGAGAUUCUGAAGACAGAUCAGACAGCGGGAGGUCAGCCUAUGAGCUGCUGGGGAACUUGGCCAGGCUUUCCAUCUGUGAUCGGAGCUGGACUGAAGAAGUAGCCAGAGCAACAUAGCCCUGGUCCCACAGGAGCUGGGAGUACAGUUACACACUCUGGCGGUGCUGCAUGUUUCAUCUGCUGCACGGAUAACCGAAUCCCUCUUUGUUAUCUAAUAUUGCUGCCACCCCCCCCUCCCCCAAUACACUGCUGUCGUCAGUGCAAGAAGCAUCUCUUGCGAACGCCAUCUGAAAAAGCCAAACAAAACAAGUCUCUCACUUUCCAACUCAAGUGUGAUUGAGGAUGCAAGACAGGACAAUGCAGACAAGCAGAGUGGCUAGUGAUACUGGAGGAGCUGGGGAGCUGAAGCACUGACUGAAGCACUUUUCUCCAGACUAAAAAAAAUAAAAUCAAAACCAAACGGAAGAAAAGGAGUCUAUUAAAUAUCAAAUACAACUUUGAUGCAAAGUAAAACAGGUUUGGGCUGCAGAAGUAGGUGGCAGGCUUUGGUUUCAAGGCUGUUUGUGGUUUAGUUGCUUCCCAACACCACCUUCACACUGAUUAGCUUUAUAAAAAGAAGCCAGAGGGACUUUUUUUUGUUUUGUUUCUUUGUCAAACCGCAAACCAGCCUUUGCACUUUUCAGUCCAACCCUGACCGAAGCGAUGAGCGAGGCCCUCCAGCUUCCUGCCCUUCACGUGCAGGUCUCUGACGACUGCAGCAGCAAUGGCAGUGCCACUCUGGCGGGGACCAUAGCCUGGUCCAGCUCGUCCACCCCCACGCUGAGACGGAAACGUUUCAAGAUGCGCAGGAUGAAGAACGUGUUGAGCGAGAAGGAGCAGCUGGGGAACGGAGAGCUGCGCAGGGGCUGCUCCGGCUCCAAGGAGUACCUCCAGCUGCCCUCCAUCGAGAUCACCCCGUCUAGCGACGAGGAAGCCCCCUGGUCCAACUGCUCCACACCCAGCGCCUCUCCCCGCCGCAAGCGCUUUCUGCUCAAGAAGUGGCUGAAGGUACGCGAGAAGAAGGGCCAUGGGAGCGAGAGCAGCAGCCAGCAGAGCAGUCAGCAGAGUAGCCAUGACGACGACCCGACCCGCUUCCUGACCCCCUUCAGCAGAGAGGAGAAGUCUGAUAGUGGAGCCGAGAAGUUUAGCACUGCCAGUAACUCAAACCGGAGCACGCCCGCUUGCUCGCCCAUCCUUCGCAAGCGCUCGCGAUCGCCCACCCCCCAGAGCGUGGAGGGUGAGAACAUGGUGGAGAAGGGCUCGGACCACUCCUCGGAUAAAUCGCCCUCGACCCCCGAGCAAGGGGUCCAGCGCAGCUACUCCUCACAGUCAGGCCGCAGCGGCGGCAAGAACUCCAAGAAAAGCCAAAGCUGGUACAAUCAUGAAAGACAACACAUCAUGAGAGUUUUGAGUCCAACAUAUAAACAGCGCAAUGAAGACUUCAGGAAGUUAUUUAAACAGCUGCCAGACACAGAGCGGCUCAUAGUGGAUUACUCCUGCGCCCUGCAAAAGGACAUCCUUCUUCAGGGGCGGCUCUACCUCUCCGAAAACUGGAUCUGUUUCUAUAGCAACAUCUUCAGAUGGGAAACGCUGCUGACUGUACGCCUGAAGGAUAUCUGCUACAUGACAAAAGAGAAAACCGCUCGCCUCAUUCCCAAUGCUAUUCAAGUUUGCACUGACACUGAAAAGCACUUCUUUACCUCAUUUGGAGCCCGGGACCGAACCUACAUGAUGAUGUUCAGACUGUGGCAGAACGCAUUGCUUGAUAAGCCGCUGUGUCCCAAGGAGCUAUGGCACUUUGUACACCAAUGCUACGGGAACGAGCUGGGCCUAACGAGCGACGACGAAGACUACGUGCCCCCCGACGAUGACUUCAACACCAUGGGGUACUGUGAGGAGAUCCCGACCGAGGACAACGAGGUGAAUGACAGCUCCUCCAAGAGCAGCAUCGAGGUGAAGCCGGACGCCAGCCCGCAGCUGCACAAGAAAUCCGUGACCAACAGCACGCUGACGCUGACGGGCAGCAGCGAGGCGCUGGUGUCUGUGAGUGCCGGGGCAGAGAGAGCAUGGCUCUCAUACCCUAAAGUCUUCAAAUCGUAUUGUCAUUCAUUAACUUCUGUGACCCUGAACUCCCUGAUCAUUGAUUAGUUCAGCUUUUCAUUUCUAGCAAAGACCUUUUGAAUGCUUUACUUUGAGCGAAUUCUCUUAGGGUUGGGGAGCUCAAUGUAUGGCAGUGGAGCUACGCCUGUGUCAAUAACAAUCAAGACUGACCUUAAAAGUCCUUUUAUACUGUACUUAGAAAAGCAUUGCAGAUUCCAGUGUCCAGUUAUCAUCCAGCCCUAAUUGUUGCUUGG